AUGGUAAAGUCAUCUGAUAAGGUGGGAGGCAGGGAAGAAGUAGCUGGAGUGCUGGAGGCAGGAGUUCUUUUUCCUGUCAAUGUGCAGUGGAUGCAGGUGGGACGAUGCGACGCACUGUGGGAGAGCUUCAAGUUGGCUGACAUGCCCCUUGAGGAAGGGGGUGUAGUCAUUCCACACAAUGAGGAGGGGCUCCACAGAGGGUCUUUCCCACCACAAGAGGAAUUUAGUUCACAGGAGUUCUGCCAUCUGGAGGUUUGUGGGUUGUGGUACGAGGAUUGUGUCUCUGAGAACGGGAAAAGGACAGGGGCGUGGUGGCCCACUGCAGGGACAAUCAGCUUCACCAUGUCAGCCGACAGCGAUACCAACACCUGUACCACGGAGGACGACAACAAACUGGUGAGACCAAAGGUAGAGUUCUGCUCUUUGCUGCAGCACGCUGGAGCCACUAAAGAUGUUUUCACCGUGAAGGAGGUAAUGUUCUACCUGGGUCAGUACAUCAUCCAGAAGCAGCUGUACGACCAAAAGCAGCAACACAUCGUCCACUGCGCCCAGGAUGCUCUGGGCCGUGUGCUGGGAGUCGACAGCUUCUCCGUGAAAGAGCCGCGGGUUCUGUUUGCGAUGAUCACCAAGAACCUGGUGGCUGUCAGGAGUCCAGAAUCAACAACAAGUCUGAGUGAGCCGCACAGCAGCAGCCAGACAGACAGAAUGACGGAGGCGGCAGAAACAGAAGGUCGCUCUUCAUCGCCUGACAGGAGGAGGAGAAGGUGGAGCUGCAGGAGCAAUGAGCCAGGUCCCUCACACAGUGUAGACGACGGGGAUGUUGAGGAAGACUCAGAGGAGGAGGAGGAAGAGGGAGGCACCAAAAGGAGACGGUCUGACAGCUACUCGCUGACGUUCGACGACAGCCUGUCCCGGUGUGUGAUUGGAGGACUUGGGAGCGGGCGAGAAAGACACAGCAGCCAAUCAUCUGACUCGCACAGCACAUCUGGGAGGUCAGAGGUCACGGACGCAGCGUCAGACUCUGACAGCGACAACUUCAGUGUUGAGUUUGAAGUCGAGUCCAUAGAUUCAGAUGAUUACAAUGAAGAUGAUGCUUCUCUCUCUGCUGAUGAUCAGGUAUAUGAGGUCACAAUCUUCGAAGCAGAUGACGAUGACUCCUUUGAUGAAGACACAGAGAUUACUGAAGCUGAUUACUGGCGCUGUGCGAAAUGCGAUGAGUUGAACCCUCCUCUGCCCAGAAACUGCCUCCGCUGCUGGGAUCUGCGCCAGGAUUGGCUACCUGAUGUGUCCGUCAACUGUGCCUCCUCCAGCCCUAAAGCCCUGCCCACAAAGCCGACCAACCUAUCAGCUGCCAAAGAACCUCCAGGUUCUGACAUGGAGGAGAAUGGAGUGGACGUUCCAGAUGGGAAAAGAUUAAAAACUCCUCCUCCUCUGCACUCGCUGUGUGCGUCCGACUCCACCUGCUUCUCCGCCGCUGCUGACUCCGCCUCCUCCGCACCAAACUCCCAGGAUCUCCUCUCAUGCUCCCAGCCUUCCUCCUCCUAUUCGCAGGAGAAGCUCUGGACUCCCGAAUCCCAGCCCUCCUCUUCCUCACACUCAUCCUCCAUUGAUUCUCAGGAGCUUCUCCCACCUUCCCCAGCUCCAGCUGCAGCUCCCGCUGCUCCUCCUACCACGCAAGUCCCCGAUACGGAGCGCAGCAUUUCGGCGGAGUGGCGUCUGCCGGACUCGUGCCUGGACCCAUGCCUCAUCUGUCAGUCGCGACCAAAGAAUGGCUGCAUCGUGCACGGACGGACCGGACACCUUAUCUCCUGCUAUGUCUGCGCCAGGAAGCUGAAGAAGAGGAACAAACUGUGCCCAGUCUGCAGGCUGCCCAUCCAGUCUGUCAUCCUCACCUACCUCAGCUGA